UGCACUAGACUGCAUUACAAACAGACGAUACCAUCGCUUCCACAGCAUCCUUCCAGACGAGAGACCCCAAACACCCAUAAAGAAGGAGGCCUCAAGGAUGGCUUCUAGCCACUGGAAUGAGACCACCACCUCCGUUUAUCAGUACCUCAGCUUUCAAGUCCAAACCAUCUACCCUUUCCAUGACAAUUGGAACACUGCCUGCUUUGUCAUCCUGCUCGUGUUCAUCUUUACCGUGGUGUCCUUAGUUGUGCUGGCUUUCCUCUACGAAGCACUCGACUGCUGCUGCUGCGCUAAGAACAAAACCGUGAAGGACUUGAAGAACGAGCCGAACCCUCUCAGGAGUAUGAUGAACAACAUCAGAAAACGUGACAGUGAGGUGGUCUAGCCCUUCUCAGAAGAGGAACAAAAGCUUUAAGAACAGCCUUCUGACUCGUCUGAGGAAAAUGAAAAUUUCCUGAAGCCAAUCGUUUCAAUAAAAUUGUUUCUGACUUUGAA